GUGGCAGAUCGGACCACUUCGACUAAACAGAUCCCUCAACAAGAUAGAUUGCAGCGAAUAGAUAAAUCGAUUCAGACUGAAAGAUGGCCUCAUCGACUUCAGAGAAGCACCGGAUAGCGGUGCACGAGAAAAAGCGAAAGGAAAUGAUGGAUGAGUUCGAACGACAGAAGGUCGAGAUGACUCGUGAGACCGACCGAAAUCGAACGGGGGCUGACCGUUUCGUCGGCAAAUCUGAUUCUAUGGAAGAAAGUUUGAAAAUGCAAACCGUCGGUCUAGUAAAGCUUGAAGACUUUCAGCAGAAGCGACAGGCUCUAGAGGAGGAAAAAUUACGCGAGGCAGCCAGAUCCAACGAACUAAAGGAGGAUGAACCCAAGAAAAAGAAGAAGAAGAAGUCCAAGUACAAUCUUUCAUUUGCUAUGGAUGAUGAAGAUGAAGGAGCUGGAGGGAUUGAUAAGGCUUCCGCAGACAAACAAUCGACGAGCUCAUCCAAAAAAGGCCAGUUUGGCAAGAAUCCGGCUGUCGAUACAUCCUUCUUACCUGACCGGGACCGUGAGGAACUUGAUCGAAAAGAGCGGGAGGAACUCAGACAGAAAUGGCUCAAGAUGCAAGAAUCCAUCAAACAAGAGGAUAUUGAGAUUACAUACUCAUAUUGGGACGGAACGGGACAUCGCAAAGAGGUCACUUGCAAGAAAGGCGACAGUAUUGCGGCGUUUCUUGAAAAAGCCAGAGGACAAUGGCCUGAACUUCGGGGUGUCUCUGUUGCAGACAUUCUGUAUGUGAAAGAAGAUCUUAUCAUUCCCCACCACCAUACGUUUUAUGAUUUCAUAGUCAAUUGAAUGGAACAAACAUUCUUCUCUCCACAUUUUGAUUAUCAACCGCAACUUGGGAAUACCAGAAAGCAAGAGGGAAAUCAGGGCCAUUGUUCAACUUUGACGCCCACGACGACGUACGUCUUGUUGCCGAUGCAACGGUGGAGAAGGAUGAAAGUCACGCUGGAAAAGUUGUGACUCGUGCUUGGUACAACCGAUCGAAGCAUAUAUUCCCAGCUUCGAGAUGGGAGCCAUACGUCCCUGGAAAGGACUAUGGUGCUUACAAAAUCAAGGGUUGAUGCCCGAUUUAGACCUGAAUACAACAGCUUUGUAACUUCAUUCCAAGAAUCUUCUGCUUUUUCCAAUUUGUUUCGUCCAUUUUUCUGUAGUCUGUUUUCAAGGAAAAAGAUAAAGGUUCUUUGUCUCGGUAUUUGGCACAGCCUGUUGGAGAAAAGAUCAUGAAAGUCACA